CAUUCAAUGCCAUUGGUUGGCUAGUACUAAUGCCUGUUGUUUUUGUUUUAUUUUGGUCCUUUUUCCCCUCAGGUUUGGUACAGCAACCCAAUUUUAAAAGAUUGGUUGAAGGAACAUGCUGAGACAUCUCAUUUGGACAAGUUAAAAUGGAUGUACUAUUUGAUCAAUAAGAGUCCAUGGUCCUGCCUUGAUGAAAAUAAGGCAUUUUUAACAACUGCAGAUUCAGCUGUUAAGUUGCUCCCUAAAGCCACAAAGUCUAUAACUGGAUGGAAGGGUCUUGAGUAUAGAGCUGCAUUUCCUUUGAUGAAACCACCUGGGGCAAAUUUCUAUCCACCGGAUAUGGACAAAAUGGAAUUUGAAUUAUGGAAGGGCAGUCUAGCGAAGGAUAAACAAGAAGAUGCAACGGGAUUUUUCAGUGUUAUUAGAAGGCACAGUGAAUUCAUGUUAGAUGCUUCUCUGUCCAAUAACACAGUUGAGGGUACUGAUGAUUUGGUGGGGUCCACUCAUGAUCUAUAUAGCAUUCCUUUCUCUCAGGAGUAUAAGCCUUUCCUCAAAAAAGCUGCCGAGCUACUACAUAAAGCAGGGGACUUGACCGACUCACCUAGUCUGAAGAGGUUGCUACACAGCAAGGCUGAUGCCUUCCUUUCAAAUGAAUAUAUUGACUCAGAUAUAGCCUGGAUGGAGUUGGACUCUAAGUUGGAUGUUACUAUUGGCCCAUAUGAGACAUAUGAAGAUACACUUUUUGGUUAUAAGGCUACAUUUGAAGCAUUCAUUGGAGUUCGUGAUGACCAUGCAACUGCUCAACUUAAACUCUUUGGUGAUAAUUUGCAGGUUUUGGAACAAAAUCUUCCAAUGGAUGAUGUGUACAAAUCAAAAGAAGUAAUUGCUGCUCCUAUUCGUGUCAUCCAACUUGUUUAUAAUGCAGGGGAUGUGAAGGGUCCCCUAACUGUUGCAUUCAAUUUACCAAAUGAUGAGCGUAUAGUAAAAGACCGAGGAACAUCAAUGGUCAUGCUUAAAAAUGUUUCGGAGGCAAAGUUCAAGAAUAUUCUUUGGCCUAUAGCUGAGGCAUGCAUUCCAAAGGAGCAACAGAAAUAUGUUGAUUUUGAAUCUUUCUUCACUCACACAAUUUGUCAUGAAUGCUGCCAUGGGAUCGGGCCUCAUACCAUAAUACUCCCAAAUGGUCAAAAGUCUACAGUGAGAUUGGAGCUGCAAGAACUCCACUCAUCUCUGGAAGAGGCAAAAGCUGAUAUAGUUGGGCUUUGGGCACUAAGAUUUCUGAUCGGCCAGGAUUUGCUUUCAAAGAGUUUAUUGAAGUCCAUGUAUGUCUCUUUCCUAGCGGGAUGCUUCCGCUCUGUGCGUUUUGGGUUGGAGGAGGCUCAUGGAAAAGGGCAAGCACUACAGUUUAACUGGGUAUUUGAGAAAGGAGGCUUCAUUUUGCAUCCUGAUGAUGAAACAUUUUCUGUUGAUUUUGCUAAGAUUGAAGGUGCAGUUGAGAGCCUGAGUAGAGAGAUACUUACCAUACAAGCAAAAGGCGACAAACCUGCUGCAUAUGCGCUUCUUGAAAAAUAUGCUAAAAUGACGCAACCAUUGCGAGUUGCAUUGGAAAAAUUAGAAAAUAUUCAGGUCCCUGUGGAUAUAGCUCCUAGGUUUCCCAUUGCAGACAAAAUAUUGGGAAAAAUUGGGUGAAGUUCUUCAAUCCUGUGAAGAAAUAGCUUCUUUACAAUGGUAUUAAGUAGUCCAUGAGUUGGGCAGUAAACAAGUGUAUGCCAUAAUUUGUUGCUUGAACCAGGAAUUCCUGUUUGAAUUUGAAUGGUUGAAGGGCAAACCCUCUGCUCUUCCUUUGGACCUAUGGAUGUUGGCAAUGAAAUACAGCCAUAGUUUAUCAACUUUUGUUCAUAGAUGAGAAGAAUUUGGCUGCUA